CUCCAGCGUAGUGGAGUCACCGUUUUCUGUUUUUUUCCUCUCCAGUGCUGCUGUUCUCGAGCUCCAAUUCCCACUAAAGGAUUUUACUCAUCCGUCUGCAGCCUCUCUCUCUCUCUCUUUAACCCUCUCCCCUUUUAUUUUAUUCAUCUUCCUCUCACUGCAUCGUCCCGCCUCUGUCUUCUUCACCUCAUUGCUCCGUGUUCAGAACCUUUCACUCUCUCUCUAUCUUGUCCUUUAUUCUUUUGUCUGUUUCCCUCUGUGUCUGCACUGCAUCCAUCGUUCUUUUCUCUGUUCUCCUCUGUCUGAUGGAGGCUGAGGCGCUGUACAGCUUCAGAGCCACAGAAUGUGAUGAACUAAGUUUCCAGAAGGGCGACAUCCUGAAGGUGACAAAUAUGGAUGAUGAUCCAAACUGGUACACAGCCGAACUGUCAGGGAGGAGGGGCUAUGUACCCAAGAACUAUAUCAAUGUAAGGCCUCAUGCGUGGUUUGUGGGAGGAAUAUCUCGGCAGGCCGCAGAGAGCCGGCUGAGGCCACUGGAGUGUGGAGCAUUUCUCAUCCGAGAGAGCGAGAGCACACCGGGAGAGUUCUCAGUGUCUGUCAGUUAUGGCAACCACGUGCAGCACUUCAAGGUGUUGAAGGAUGGAUUAGGCCAGUACUUUAUAUGGGAUGAAGUCUUCAGCUCGCUGAAUCAGCUGGUGGAUUUCUACAGAAUCAACAGCAUCGCCAAAGAGAGAACCGUCUUCCUGCGAGAGCCGGAGAGAUUGCUAGCUAGACCGCGCCACGCCCAUGCCCUCUUUGACUUUACUCCUCAUCAUGUGAGCCAGUUGCGUUUCCUGCGUGGUGACGUUGUUGACCUGCUGGACUGCUCAGACGCUCAGUGCUGGAGGGGCCGUUGCCGUGGAAGAGUGGGCGUGUUCCCACCAGAAUAUGUUCAGCCCAUAUAUCACUAACAUGUCAAAGAUUGAGCUCGCAACUCAUAUCAUCUUUUUUAACCAUACUGGAAAUGCUGACCGUGCACUGUAGUUUGUGUCAAACAUGCACUCACUACUGACUUUAUUGGAAACCCCUACCAAUUUAUGAGCUCCAGCUACCUUAUAGAUACACUAUAUGGGUGUAGAAACACAGCCAGGUUGUUGGGAUGUUGGGAAUUGGGAUGUUGACAGUAAUGCUUCUAGCUGCCAGCUACAGCAUAAUAGUUUUGAGGAUAUUUGGAUUCAUAUCUGGUGAAUGGUGUGGGAAUUCCAACUUUUUUUUAUAGAUACCCCAAGUUUAGGGGCUCAAAAGUAAUCAGACGAUCACAAAAUAAACUUUCACUUUUACUACUUGGUUGAAAAUAAUUUGCAGUCAUUGACUGCCUGAAGUCUGCAAACCAUAGACAUCACCAGACUCUAGGUUUUUUCUUUGGUGAUGCUCUGCCAGGCCUUUACUGCUCCUAUUGUCAGUUCCUGCUUUUAUUCAGGGGUUUUGCUUUUAAUUUUACCUUCAGUAAGUGAAAUGUAUGAUCCAUUGGACUGAGGUCAGGGGAUUGACCUGGCCAUUGCACUACAUUCCACUUCUUUACCUUCAAAAACACACGGUUAGUUUUACAGUAUGCUUCGUGCCAUUGACCAUCUGCACCGUAAAGAAGCAUUUUUGGAAUUUUUGAAGCAUUUGGCUGAAUAGCAGACAGUAUAGCCCUACACACUUUGGGUGUUUCUGAGGUCGCUAAUGCAUUCUUUCUUUUUUUAAAGUGUACCAAAUAGUUGAUUUGGCCACACCUAGUGUUUAUGCUAUAAUGUUUAUGUUUUUCAGCCUAAUGACGGCAUGCUUCACUGGCAGUGAUGGCUCUACAUCAUUUAUCUGCUUAUUGUGAGUGAAGAUGUAUGAAAAUGGUUGUUAUUCCUACACCAUUCACCUGAUUUAAAUGUAAAUACGCUCAAAUUAAAGCUGAAGGUUUUCAGUUUAAGCUCAUAUUAUUUAACUUACCUCUAAUAUGCUCUGGUAGGCAGCUAAAGUAGUAAUAACAGGAUGAUUUACUCAAAUUCUGUAUCAAUAAAUUCUAAAUUCUACAUUCUCAACCUAUAUGCCAGCAUGGUGGAGUUACAAGGUAGAGGUCUCUGAAGGGUUGCACAGUAUAAAUCCUGUAAAAAUACAGCAUUUUUGACCAUUCCAGUAUAGCUGCUACGGAAUUAUGUAAAUUGGAAACAUAUUUUCUACUUAUUAUUAGCAAAGCCAUCUCUGAGGACCAAAAUAAAAUUGUGAUGCUAUUUUCUUUUACAACCCCAAUUCCAAUGAAGUUGGGACGUUGUGAAAAACAUAAAUAAAAA